AUGGUAACUAUUCGAGCCGACGAAAUUAGUAAUAUUAUCCGUGAACGUAUUGAACAAUAUAAUAGAGAAGUCAAGAUUGUAAACACCGGCACCGUACUUCAAGUAGGCGACGGUAUUGCUCGUAUUCAUGGUCUUGAUGAAGUAAUGGCGGGUGAAUUAGUCGAAUUUGAAGAAGGUACAAUAGGUAUUGCUCUGAAUUUGGAAUCAAAUAAUGUUGGUGUUGUAUUAAUGGGUGAUGGUUUGAUGAUACAAGAAGGAAGUUCUGUAAAAGCAACAGGAAGAAUUGCUCAGAUACCAGUGAGUGCGGCUUAUUUGGGCCGUGUUAUAAACGCCCUGGCUAAACCUAUUGAUGGCAGGGGGGAAAUUUCAGCUUCUGAAUCUCGAUUAAUUGAAUCUCCCGCUCCAGGUAUUAUUUCCCGGCGCUCCGUAUACGAACCUCUUCAGACCGGGCUUAUUGCUAUCGAUGCGAUGAUCCCUAUAGGACGUGGUCAGCGAGAAUUAAUUAUUGGAGACAGACAGACCGGUAAAACAGCAGUAGCCACAGAUACGAUUCUCAAUCAACAAGGCCAAAAUGUAAUAUGUGUUUAUGUAGCUAUUGGGCAAAAAGCAUCUUCUGUAGCUCAGGUAGUAACUACGUUACAGGAAAGGGGGGCGAUGGAAUACACUAUUGUGGUAGCCGAAGCGGCGGAUUCCCCUGCUACAUUACAAUACCUCGCUCCUUAUACAGGAGCUGCUUUGGCUGAAUAUUUUAUGUACCGUAAACAACACACUUUAAUCAUUUAUGACGAUCUCUCCAAACAAGCCCAAGCUUAUCGCCAAAUGUCUCUUCUAUUACGAAGACCACCGGGGCGCGAAGCUUAUCCAGGAGAUGUUUUUUAUUUGCAUUCACGCCUUUUAGAAAGAGCCGCUAAAUUAAAUUCUAGUUUAGGUGAAGGGAGUAUGACCGCCUUGCCAAUAGUUGAAACUCAAUCGGGAGAUGUUUCGGCUUAUAUCCCUACUAACGUAAUUUCCAUUACUGAUGGACAAAUAUUUUUAUCUGCGGAUCUAUUCAAUGCUGGAAUCAGACCUGCCAUUAACGUGGGUAUCUCCGUUUCCAGAGUAGGGUCUGCGGCUCAAAUUAAAGCCAUGAAACAAGUAGCCGGUAAGUUAAAAUUGGAACUGGCGCAAUUUGCAGAAUUAGAAGCCUUUGCACAAUUUGCUUCAGAUCUUGAUAAAGCUACUCAGAAUCAAUUGGCAAGAGGUCAACGAUUACGCGAAUUGCUUAAACAAUCUCAAGCGGCCCCCCUUACGGUAGAAGAACAGGUAAUGACUAUUUAUACCGGAACAAACGGUUAUCUUGAUUCAUUAGAAAUUGGACAGGUAAGGAAAUUUCUUGUUGAAUUACGUACUUACUUAAAAACCAAUAAACCUCAGUUCCAAGAAAUAAUAUCUUCUACUAAGAUAUUUACUGAAGAAGCAGAAGCUCUUUUAAAAGAAGCUAUUCAGGAACAAAUGGACCGGUUUCUACUUCAAGAGCAAGCAUAA